UACGCGCUUCCGGCGGCGCGGGCCCUAAGCUUUCCCGGGAGCCCUGGCCGACCGCCUUCUCGCGCGUUCCCUGCGUCCGGGGCGCGCGGCGUCAGCGGUCGCCUGGGCUCCGCGUCCCGGGAACGGGCUACCGGGGUCGCAUCCCCGCGGAGUUCUUCAAUGCUCGGUUCUCCGAUCCCUGUGCCUCUGUGGUGAGAGGGGUUCCAGGACGCAGGGAGCCCCCGGCGGACAGACGGCGUUUGCGGGGUGCGCGGCAGCAGCUGUCCUGCCCGUCGUUUAUUUUCUCUUCUGUCUCACCUCGAACCCCGAGGGCGUGUGAAACGGGGACCCCAGCCAUGCUCCAGAUCACGUGGCACCAGUGAGACUCGGGAGGGAGUGAAGUGCCAUGGGCUGUGUUUAUACCGCUGUCCCCUGUGCACGGACACGCAAAACCCCCGGAAGGGAACCGCAGGGGCCGACAGGCACGUAGACCCUGGCCCGGCAGAGUCAGCACAGAGGUGAGCAGGUGAAGGAAGGGCUGUCGGUGGGGAGGACUGCAGGGAGUCCUGGGCUGGCCUGUGGCUGAGGGCAGUGCUGGCCGCGGGGGGGAGGGGGCCCCCGAGAGCUGUCCUUGGCAAUGCCACCUACCCCGUGGGUCUCUGCCCCGGUACUUAGGCUCCUCGGCCCUCACACAGGGCUUCAGCAGGAACCUGCUGUCUCAGGAGCCAGUGACCUUUGAGGACGUGGCCGUGUACUUCACGCAGAACGAAUGGGUCAUCCUGGACCCUUCACAGAGGGCUCUGUACCGGGAGGUGAUGCUGGAGAAUUAUGCAAACGUGGCUUCCCUGGCUUUUCUAUUCACCAGACCUGUGCUGGUCUCCCAGCUAGAGCGAGGGGAACUGCCAUGGGGCCCGGAACCCUGGGAACCUGCGGGCAGGGAAGUCCUCGGAGGCAUCUGUCCAGAGCUCUGUAGCUCUGAGACCAGAGCUGAGAAGGAAGAGUCGAGCCCAAAGGAACACAUUCCCGAAGAAACGGAGUCCCACAGACUGACGUUAGGAGGGCUACCAGGGAACGUUCCCCAGCACCUGGACUUGGGUUGCAGCCUAGAGCAGCAGCCUGGUCACUGCAUAGCCAAGAAGACAAAGUCCAAGAGGAGAGCUUUCACAGAUGGGCCAACCAGCUGUCGCGAGGCCUACGCCGUGGAGAGUGGGGAGAAGUGUGAGAAGUCUGGGGAAAACGUUAGUGUCAGCACACGAGUCUCUACAGAUCAGACUGUUCCCGGUGGUCAGGUAUCAUACGAAUGUAGAAGAUGUGGCAGAUAUUUCAGUCGAGUGGCGGAUUUUCAGGGAUGUCACGCCGACGAAAGGUCUUUUAAAUGCAAAGAAUGUGGAAAAGCCUUCAGAUAUAACUCAUUACUUAUUCGGCAUCAGGUAAUUCACACUGGAAAGAAACCAUUUAAAUGUAAAGAAUGUGGGAAGGGCUUAAGUUCGGACACGGCCUUGAUUCAGCAUCAGAGAAUCCACACUGGAGAAAAACCCUAUGAAUGUAAGGAGUGCGGCAAGGCCUUCAUCAGCAGCUCCGUCUUCCUCCAGCACCAGAGGUUCCACACGGGGGAGAAGCUCUAUGAAUGUCAUGAAUGUUGGAAGACUUUCAGUUGUAGCUCCAGCUUUAUCGUCCACCAGCGAGUGCACACCGGGGAGAGACACUACGAAUGUAAAGAGUGUGGGAAACGAUUGAGUUCCCCCACAGCCUUGACUCAGCAUCAGCGCAUUCACACCGGGGAGAAACCUUUCGAAUGUAAGGAGUGUGGGAAGGCCUUCAGUCAGAAAAUCACCCUGGUCCAGCAUGAGCGGGUUCACACUGGUGAGAAACCGUACGAGUGCGAGGUGUGUGGGAAAACCUUCAGCUGGUGUGGGCGAUUCACCCUGCAUCGGAAACUACACACGCAGAAGGUACCCGUGCAAGAGUAGGGCUGUCCGCAGCUGUGGGCGCCGUGCCUCCUUGUUUCUCCCCACUCUCAUGCUCUUCGUCAGUACGCUCUUGACAGCGAGAAAGGAAACAAACCGCUAAGUCACGAGUGUACGAGGACGGGUAACUGGCUGAUACCUCGCAGGGUUAGUGGUGUCACUGAGUGUCCCGCGAGAUGGAUGAGGGAGGUGUGGGAGGACCUCCAUCAGAGAACACCACUGUGAAUUAUCAAGAGUCCAGGCUUAAAGAGGAGACGGCAAAAAGUUUCUAGAGAAAACAAAAGACCGGGAAUGUGAAUGCAUUGGAUUUCAUAACAGCAGUCUUGAAAGUUAGAGGACCACGGUGUAGGCCUUCAAAAUUCAAAGGGAAAAUAACUUCCACCCAAAAUUCAGUAUCCCCAAGUGUGAGUUUGGGAUAAGGUAUUUCAGACCUUUUAGAUUGGGAACGUUUAUGUCCGAUGCAUCCCUUCUCAGGUGUGUGACAGCAAACAAGGGGUCACUCAGAAAAGAAAUGGACACCCUGUCAGUGUCUUUAUAUUAGGAGUCCCCUAAACUCAGUAACAGAGGGCCCUUGUCCCUGUGGAACCAUGUGCACGGUGGAGGACAUUCCUAGUAGGGUGCACAUUUUCAGAGACCUACCUCGGGUGCAGGCCCACCCACGCUGCUUACUCGUCAGUUACUUCUCACUACUCAGUUGCAGCCCGUGCCUUUGCAAAAGUUGGGGUGUAUGUACCCUUUGAGUCAGAUGCAAGGCCCUAUUUAUCAUAAACUUAUCUAUCUCAUUGCUGUUCUGUAUCAUGGAAAAAGUGACCACUGUUUUGUGUUACGUGUGGAAACAAGGUGAGGUGUCCAUGUGUUCUGUUGUAGCAUCCCUCUUUUGCAAGCCGCUUGACUUUACCCGAUGCGGGAAGCAGAGUAGUGGGUAACAACACUGAGACGGGCCGGCUUUGUUCGGAGUCUUGGUGAAGUUACAGACCCAACUAGUUUCCUUAGUAAAAUCUGCUGACAGUCUACCUCAGAGGUUUGUGUUGAGGAUUCACUGCAUUAAUACAUGUCGGAGUGCUUAGAACAAGGACUCAAACGUAAUGAACAAAAGUGUUAUUUAUUAUCAUGAUAUCAUUGCCGAGCUUUGCCGUCCGUGUGCACCAGUGAAACCGUCACCAUAGUCAGGAUAAUAAACAGCCAUAACCCCCCAAA